CUUCAUUCAAGCUUCUAAGUAAUAUUGAUCAGACACCGGUCACUUUCAGUUUUAUUUUAAUAAAACAUGUUAAGAACAGUGUCAAGGUGUUCCAGGACAGAAAUUCUUCAGAGGUUUGCACCGCUAGGCUUGCAGCAGUGCCGGGACUACUCUGAGCGCAUCAACCAUGUGAUCCACUUCGUUCCCCAGCAAGAGGCAUGGGUGGUGGAGAGAUUUGGCAAGUUCAAGAGGGUGUUGAACCCUGGCUUUAACCUGUUGGUGCCUGUUAUUGAUGCUAUCAGCUAUGUGCAUAGCCUCAAAGAGAUGGCUAUAGAAGUUCCGGAACAGCAUGCCAUCACUGCAGACAAUGUCACAUUAAAAAUUGAUGGGGUCUUGUAUGUCAGAGUCAGAGAUCCGUACAAGGCGAGCUAUGGUGUAUCGGACCCAGAGUUUGCAGUCACUCAGCUGGCACAGACAACGAUGAGGUCUGAGAUCGGCAAAAUCAACUUGGACGGCGUGUUUAAGGAACGUGAGACGCUCAAUGUACUGAUUGUCAAAUCCAUCAAUGUGGCGGCAGAGGCGUGGGGAAUCGACUGUCUGAGAUAUGAAAUCAGAAACAUUGACCUGCCGAAGGCUGUACGGGAGGCCAUGCAGAUGCAGGUGGAGGCAGAGAGGAAGAAACGCGCUGCCAUCCUCCAGUCUGAGGGUGUCAGAGAAGCUGAUAUAAAUGUGGCAGAAGGCAAGAAAAGGGCCAGAGUUCUGAACUCGGAGGCCAACAGAACAGAACAAGUGAAUGAAGCCUUCGGAGAGGCAGAGGCAACGAUUGCGAAGGCACGGGCAAACUCCCUCUCCGUUGCCCUUGUAGCUAAGGCACUGUCCAGAAAUAACGGUAUGAAUGCUGUGUCUAUGAGGGUGGCAGAGUCCUAUGUGGAAGCAUUUAGUAAUCUAGCAAAGACCACAAACACUGUUCUCCUCCCUGCUAAUACUGGGGAUGUCAGCAGCAUGGUGACUCAGGCAAUGACUAUAUACAAGAAGUUGUCAGACAGCCCAAAUGUGGAGAAUAUGAAUGAGUCGGAUGUAGAUACAUUUGUGAAAGAAGAACUUAAUAAAAUUGUGUCAGACACAUCCUUGGACAAUCCAGAACUUGAUGAAACUAUAUUCAAACAGGAUAAAAGACCAGGGUUCUCUGAGUAAUUUUUGAAAACUGUGCUGUGCUGUGCUGUGCACAUUGAGAGUCUGGGCUGGUGAGAGAGAAUGCCGACAUCAUGAAGUUAUGUUAAGAUGGUCACUUUGUUAAAUCAGGAAAUUAUAAUGCAAAUUAGGUAUAUUUCACUGCAUUGUUUUUAUACAUGAACAAUUAUGGUUUAAGUUCAACUAUUGCAUUUAUUUUAUUUUGAUGCAAAAUGAAUGUCAACCAAUGGCAUAGUUGCAUCUACUAAACAAGGGCGAAAUAAAAUAUUUAAGAUAUACAAAUGUAAGUCAGCCCUAGGUUAUGAAAUGCAAAGCUGCAUAAUCAUGGUCCUUUGUUGUUAUACCUAUUAUAUAAUAACUUGGGAGUGUCCAAUGACCGUUAAGCUAAUAACAGUAUUUUAUAAGAGAGUGUUAAGCUAAUAACAGCAUUUUAUAAGAGAGUUGAAUAAAAUUUGUAUUGAAUGA